AUGAUGCUCCAGGAGGGGCCAGUGCAGCUGCUGUGCCUGACCGCUCACAGUGGAGUUCCGCUGUUCACCCGAGGUGGCUCUAAACAGCUGCCUUUCUCUGUUAUCGGCUCUCUGAAUGGGGUGCACAUGUUUGGAGGGGCUCAGGGGGUUUCGCUGCUUAGCUGUGACACUGGAGGUGGGGGGAAGGUGGUGUGGAGAGUGUUUCAGGACGCUGUGAUGCUCAUUGCUGUGUCUGGAGGUCAGAAGACUGAGAGCAGCCACACUCAGGAGUUGUACCUGCAGCGCCUCCUGGAGAACGUGUGGGGCUGUAUGGUGCUGGUCCUGGGACAGGAUGAGCUUGUGUCAAUGAGGAAUGUGGAGCGCCUCAAGAGGGAACUGCGGGCCUGCUUCAGCCUCAUAGACCUUCUCCUGGAGGAGAGACAGCAUGGCAUUAUGGGGACCCUGACUCACUGUGCUGACUCACUAUUGCCCCCCAACCCCUCCCUGCUCCAGCAAUCUGUGGAUAGUUUUACUCAGGCCACUGACAGUGAGUUUGGCUGCCUUAUCAUUCAUGGACGAAUAGCUGCGGCCACAGAAAAGUGGUCUAAUCUAAUGCCUGCGGAGGUGGUUCUACUCUCAGCUUUAAUGCAGUCACUGUCGAAGUCUGGGUCCUCUUCUUGUGACUAUCCAGUGUUCCUACCACAGCGCAGUCCUACUGUGGCCCACCGCCUCCUGCGCUUCCAGCUUCUGCCUGGGGCAGAUGUGUAUGUGCUCUGUGGCCCCACACCUUCUCUGCACAGAGUUGAAAGUGAGCUGCUGCGACAAAUCUGGUCUCCUCUUAUGGACGCUCUCAGAGACUGUUUGGCUGUUGGGGAGCGCUGUUUACCUCCCUCUGUAGUUCUGAGGCAGGAUGUUUUGUCACUGAUGCUGAUAAACAGGGAAACGCACCGCUCCGUCUCCUGUGUCAGAGCUCUGUCAGAUCAGCAGGACCCUGUGCUGCCCUCAAGAGCCAGAUGCUGGGAACUGUUGAAGCUCUUCUACAUCUUCAGCAGCACACAGUACUUCCAUCAGGAGGACAGCCUGAUGGAGGAGCGGACUCCCAACAGCUCAGAGGACUAUGUACAGGGCUUCUCCCAUCAGCCACUGCAGUGCUACCUGGUGACAGAGGAGUGCAAGUGUUAUGGACUACAAACUAGUCAACACCAGCUCUUCCUGCUCCUCCCUCUAGCUUUGUCCAGUCUGACUGCAUCUCGCCGCGGCCUCCCUAAAGAGAAAAUGUCCGAGAAUGGGAUACCCCGGCCCAAGGUGCUCACCCUGGACACAAUGAACCCCACGGUGAAGAUGGUGGAGUACGCUGUGCGGGGUCCCAUCGUGCAACGCGCCGUGGAGCUGGAGAAAGAGCUGUCUGAGGGUAUAGAGAAGCCUUUUGCUGAGGUCAUCAAGGCCAACAUUGGUGACGCGCACGCUAUGGGCCAGCAGCCAAUCACCUUCUUCAGACAGGUUUUGGCUCUUUGCUCAUACCCAGAACUCCUCAACGACAACACAUUCCCUGAAGAUGCUAAGAAUCGAGCCCGGCGCAUCCUUCAGUCCUGUGGAGGCUCCAGUUUGGGUGCGUACAGUCCCAGCCAGGGCAUCAACUCGGUGCGUCAAGACGUGGCCAACUACAUCGAGCGACGUGACGGAGGCAUUCCCUGUGACGCCGAGAACAUUUACCUCACCACAGGAGCCAGCGACGGCAUUGUGACGAUGCUGAAGCUGCUGGUGUUUGGCCAGGGCAUGGACCGCACCGGAGUGAUGAUCUCCAUACCUCAGUACCCACUGUACUCGGCUGCUCUGGCAGAACUGGACGCGGUGCAGAUCAAUUAUUACCUGAACGAGGACAACUGCUGGAGCAUGGACAUCACAGAGCUGCAGCGCGCAGUCAACAAGGCCCGACAGCACUGCCUCCCCCGUGCACUCUGCAUCAUCAACCCAGGGAACCCCACCGGUCAAGUCCAGAGCAGGCAGUGUAUUGAAGAUGUUAUUCGAUUUGCCGCCAAGGAGCGUCUCUUCCUGAUGGCAGAUGAGGUGUAUCAGGAUAACGUGUACGCUGAGGGUUGCCAGUUUCACUCGUUCAAGAAGGUUCUGUUUGAGAUGGGACCAGAGUAUUCAGAGACCGUUGAACUGGCCUCCUUCCACUCCACCUCCAAGUGCUACAUGGGAGAGUGUGGUUUUCGAGGCGGUUACAUGGAGGUGAUAAACAUGGACGAUGAGGUGAAGCUGCAGCUGACCAAACUGGUGUCGGUGCGUCUCUGUGCUCCAGUCCCAGGACAGGCGCUCCUGGACCUGGUGGUCAACCCCCCGCAGCCCGGAGAGCCAUCCUACAGCAGCUUCAUCAAGGAGCGCACUGCUACACUAAGUGCCUUAGCGGAGAAGGCCAAACUCACAGAACAGAUCCUCAACACGGUGCCUGGGAUCAGAUGUAAUCCAGUUCAAGGCGCCAUGUACUCGUUCCCCCGCAUAACCAUCCCUCCAAAGGCCAUCCAAGAAGCCCAGGAGAAAGGCCAGCAGCCCGACAUGUUUUACUGCAUGAAGAUGCUGGAGGAGACCGGGAUCUGCCUCGUCCCGGGGAGCGGCUUUGGGCAGAAGGACGGAACCUACCACUUCAGAAUGACCAUCCUUCCACCAAUUGACAAGCUGACGAUUCUGCUCAACAAAGUCAAGGAAUUCCACCGGAAAUUCACGCAGCAGUACUCCUAA